AUGGCAUUCACAAACACACCCCUCUACGGCGGCGCGAUAACCCUCGAUCUACCCUCAAACUUCGCCGACGCCUCUCAAAUCCGACAAAUCCCCGAUCACCAGGAAGUCUACCUCGACAACAACGGCUACUCCAGUAUCGUCGUUGAGAUCCUAGAGUAUGUCGAAAAGAACAGCGAUGAAGAAGCGCUUCAAUAUCAUUUUGGAGACCUGGUCGAGGGCACAGGAGAUCAGAGUACGAUUAUCUUGCAAGAACGUGCUGUGAUGAAGAGUUUGCCAGACAAGCCAGUCCUAGCACUAUCCUUCAUCCAAACACCACCAACACCCAAUCCCCAUCCCAACCGCAAGACUCCCGAAUUCACGUAUAUUCACCUCCUCCUUCUCCGUCUCAAGGAGCAAGGCACUGAUGUCAUGGUAUCAGUCAACAUCCCACACUAUCCAGGCGAAUACACGCCAGCAGAACAGCAAGGUGGAGAAACGCAGUUGAUGAAGGAUAGCAAGGCGGUCAAGGAGCAGAUUUUGGAGAGCUUCCAAGUGAAGGAAUGGGGUUUGUUCGAGGGUUAA